AUGGAAUCGCUUUUCAAUCUUUUAAUUUUAUUGUGUGGCAUUCAAUUGCUAUAUGGUGCAUAUAUACCCGAUUCGGAUAGGAAUACCAGAACUCUACAAAAUGAACUUCAAGUGCAAAAAGAUGGCAACUAUCGUUAUGCCUAUGAGACAUCGAAUGGCAUACAAGCUUCCCAAUCGGGUUUGGGUGGCAUCUCGGUGCAAGGUGGUUCCAGUUAUAUAUCCCCAGAGGGCGAACAAAUAAGUGUCCGCUAUGUGGCCGAUGAAUACGGCUACCAUCCGGUGGGUGAUCAUAUACCCAAAGUUCCGGAUUACAUUCUAAGAGCAUUGGAAUAUAUCCGGACACAUCCGUAUCAGGUGAAGGAUUACUAUACGGGUGAAUUGAAAACAGUUGCCCAUGAUGCAGCUGCCUUUAAUGUCUACACACGGAGUAUUGAAGAAGCAACAACACCAAGAACAAGACCAAAUACGACACCGAAAACGAUCUAUCUGACGCAUCCACCACCCACAACGAAUCAUUUGAGACGUUGAGGAGACGACGAGAAGAGACUGCUGCUGGGUUAGGGGGAAAAACACAAAUAAAAAAAAACA